ACUGCUGCAGAAAUCCAAGCCAUCCAAGGCCGCGCUUUGCAGCGCGAAGCAGUGCACUCCCAACCCCACUGCUUCUUCGAGCGGUAGCUUCGCGUUGCCGAUGACCUAUGACGGCGGCGGUGGCCGCAAAAGAGAUGAGCGAAUGGAAAAUGAUGUGGAGGAGGAUGAGGAAGAAGAGGAGACUGGAGGACGGGGCCUCCAGGCGUGGGAGAGAGUAUACGCCGAUGAGAGGUCGUGGGAAGACCUACAGGAGGACGAGUCAGGGCUUCUCCGCCCCAUUGACACGAAGACCAUCGCUCACGCCCAAUACCGCCGCAGGCUUCUCCAGAGAUCAACCCACGGGGCCUCCAGAAUCCAGAAGGGUCUCAUCCGAUACCUCUACGUCGUAAUUGAUCUCUCCCGGGCAGCUUCGGAAACAGAUUAUCGCCCAAGCCGGAUGGCUGUGGUUGCAAAAUGUGCUGGGACAUUCAUUAGGGAGUUCUUCGAUCAAAAUCCACUAAGUCAUAUUGGGCUUGUAACCAUAAAAGAUGGUGUUUCCCAGUGUUUAACAGAGCUUGGAGGCAGUCCAGAUUCACAGAUCAAGGCUCUUAUGGGAAAGCUUGAAUGCUCAGGAGAUGCUUCCUUACAGAAUGCUCUUGAUCUUGUCCAUGGAUAUCUUUCACAAGUUCCUUCAUAUGGCCACCGAGAAGUUUUGAUUCUCUAUUCUUCCCUCAACACCUGUGAUCCGGGUGAUAUAAUGGAAACAAUUAAACAAUGUAAGAAAGCUAAAAUAAGGUGCUCUGUUGUAGGACUUUCAGCUGAGAUUUACAUAUGCAAGCAUCUGUCUGAGGAGACAGGGGGUUUGUAUACUGUUGCCCUUGAUGAGUCACACUUAAAGGAGUUGUUACUGGAGUAUGCGCCGCCACCUCCAGCUAUAGCAGAGUAUGCUAUUGCCAACCUGAUUAAAAUGGGUUUUCCGCAAAGAGGAGCCGAGGGGGCUAUUUCUAUAUGUUCCUGUCACAAGGAAGCAAAAGUAGGUGGUGGCUAUACCUGUCCAAGAUGUAAAGCACGAGUUUGUGAACUCCCAUUGGAAUGUCGGAUAUGUGGGCUGACGCUUGUUUCUUCUCCACAUUUAGCAAGAUCUUAUCAUCACCUAUUUCCAGUGACGCCAUUUAAUGAAGUGUCACAUACCCUUCCUAUUAGAUUGCAGCAGAAGUUGCCACAGACUUGUUUUGGAUGCCAGCAAAGUAUUAUAAGCCAUGGAAGCAAAUCCAAUCCCCAUGUCUCAUGCCCAAAGUGCAACCAACAUUUCUGCCUUGACUGUGAUAUCUACAUCCACGAGAGCUUGCAUAAUUGCCCCGGUUGUGAGAGCCAACGUCAACAAUCAACAUGACUAUUCUGAGCUUAUUAAUGCUUGUCUCUGGAAAGGAACUCCUUCCUUUUGUUUUUCCUCCAGUUUGUUCUAUUCUUUUAUCUCUUAUAUGAAUUUGACGAUUUUUGUAGGCGGUUUAUAUAGAUAUUUAAGUUAAUUCAGUGGUAUGUAUGUAAGCACCCUUUUUAUUUCUUCUUCUUUUUCUUUUCCCAAUAUCAAGCUUUGAGGAUUUUUCUUAGCAACAGUAAUUUGUGUACUCGUGA